AGGCUAUAUAUUGUGUUUUAUGACUUCUUUAACUUGACUAACUAUUACUAGAUGCUGUAGCAUUAAGAUGUCCCUUAAUUGGAAAAAUCACACCAAAUAUGGACAGUCUUAACAUGAGUCAGCAGAGAGACGGGCGAUGUACUAAACAUGGACGGUGAAGCAGGCCCAGUGAGUGGAGGCGCUCAGGGAGAGAAGAAAAGGUCCUACAAAGACCUACAGAUGGAUGUGGAGGAGCUGGAGGAACCAGAUUUGGAUUUUGAGGAACGUAGCACCAAGAGGCUUUACAAAGUAUACUCUGGGGCUGUGCUGGAACCAGGAGGCUUGCUAAACAAACAAAGGAAACACUCUGGUAAUAGUGGACCUGAGCUGGAACUUUAUACAGCAGAGUCCUCUGACUUCCUCCCUGCUUAUCCAAUCUGUAUGCCACGAGGUGGAUGGGAAGAAAGAGGAGAAGAAGAUAUUCAAGACAAGUUGUUGCAUUCAUGUUGCACAGCAGAGGGCAGCAUUGAUCAGGCAAGUCCAAGCUCCAUGUUAGAGUACUGGGUGUACCCUGAUAGCCAGCACAACAUGGCACUCUGUCCUGUAACUAGGUCUAUCACUCCAGUUACUCACAGGCCUCGUCCAGUCAUAUCUCUAACUAGUUCAGAGAGCUCUGUAGUUAAUCCCAUGGUGUUGAGCCCCAUGACUGACACCUGUAGUCCCAUUAGUUCAAUGUGCAGUCCCACCAGUUCAGCCUGGGACACUCUCACAUUCACAUCCAGUAGUCCUGGCUGCUCUGACCAGGAUCCUGUCAGUGCUGCAGCUCACCUACACCUGUUGGGGGAAUCCUUGUCCCUGAUUGGAAACCAUCUUCAGGAGACAAAUAAAAUGGUGAGUAUGUCGAGUAGCUUGUCUCUGCUCUUGGACUCUCUGCUGUGCGCCCUGGCUCCUCUAAUCUGCCUCACCGCACAGAUACCAGAGCUGAGGAGCUGCACUCAGCACACACUGGCCUCCACUCUGGAAAACAUUGCCUAUGUGAUGCCCGGGUUGUGAGUGAUGACGAAGAACACACCAGCUACACAAAGAAAGUUCUAAUAUUCUGUAAAACACGAUAGUUUACACUUGGAAAAUUAUUAAAAUAGUAAUAUUUGUUUACACUACAAUUUUUUUUUUUUGGUUUAUCCCAAAUAUUCACAUUUACUUUAAUAUGUUGGCUUACUUUCUUUAUUGGUUUUGUUCAAUUAAAAGAAGAGCGUUAUGAA